AUGAUGUUUCGAAGAUCUCGAAGACAAAUGGAGGAGACUGAAGGUCAGUUUUCCUUUCAAAUUUUCUUCACAUCUACAUGUUCUAUCAUUGAUAAGGCAUCUGCGUGAGUAGCUGUCCGCUUGGUGAAUGUCUAGCCAUCGUAGCAUCGGUGGUUCAGUGGUAGAAUGCUCGCCUGCCACGCGGGCGGCCCGGGUUCGAUUCCCGGCCGAUGCAAUUCUUUUUUGUCUGGACUUGAAUCUCAAUUCAUUCUGAAUAUUGCUUUUUUAAGAAGUACUUUUUACACUCUUUGGAAGCACUGUCAUUUGGACAAGAAAAAAGGAACCUUGAGAAAAUCCUUUUUUCAAUUUUUCUUGAAUCGAAACGUUCGAGUAUUCUGUCAAGAGAUUCAAAAAGAGAGAAAAAAAUCUCCAGAUCUUCGGAAAAGGAUUCUUACUGAAGAUCGGCUUUUCCACUUCUUGAGGACCUCUUUUCCAAAAAUAUAUUCCGAGAAUUAUAAAAUAAAACGGAGGAGCCUCAUAUUUUUGAGCACUAGUUUUGUGAAUAUUUUCAAGACUUCUUUCGUUGUAGUUACUUCGAAAUCGAGCGAUUGAAGUCUGUUAACAAGAACUGUGAGGGAUCUCAUGAAAGUCGGAUCAAAAUGAAGCCCUGGGCGACAGGACAAACAGCCGCCGGAAAGCCCACUCGAUGUGUCGAACGGCCGGCCUUGCGAGCCUAAUCAAAUAUUUUUGCGCGGUGCUUCUGGAGCUCCACUGGGUGCUGUUUCUUCGCGCAAAACUGUUGCCAUUAUGUCCACACUCGAGUGAUUGGUCCUUUGGCAGCUUGUCAACAACCUUCCAGCUGCCCAGUCUUCUUAUAAGAGCCUCUCUUCUUCAUCUCGUCUGUAAUACCUGCCCUUCCUCAUUUAUGACAAUAUUUUCUGAUUGAUCUGAAAGAAGAGGUUAUUUCAUCCGAAAUUUUGCUGCAGAUAAAAUAUUGAGAGCCCGAAGGUUACAGAAUGGAAUAGAAAUCAAAAAUUUCUACCUACACACAGUUCUUUUUGGAAACAGCUGAAAGAAAGAAGAAUUUCCUUUGGUCUCCUUUUCAAAAGAAGGAAUUUCUCUACUUUUUGCUCCUUUUUGUAAUUUUUUUUAUCGUCUUCUUCUGAACUCCUUAUCAACGCGUCACAAAAAAGUGUUUCUUUCAAAAUGUUGAUUACAAGCUUUUUCCUCUCUAUGCUCAAUGUUUUGUUAACCAUUUUCUGAGAUUCAAAAGUUCGAAUCAAAUUUUUUUUCAAAGCUCUUCCGUUUUAGACCUCUUUAAUUUAUUUGGAAUUUCCCAGAAAUUCGUGAGUUUCCCGUAGUAGUAAAUCCAUUAUUCAAUCCUUGAAUCACUGCAAUCUGAAUCUGGGACUCUGAUCCAAAAAUCAUCUCUCGAAAAAUUGCUGUUUUUCAAUUAUUCACCUAACUAAUUGGGAAAUUCUCUCCGACUCGACACCUUCAGAAAUGAUCCUACCUAACGCCUUGUUGUGGAUGACGUGGUUCCGGCCGAGGCUCCGCCUCUUUCCGGCCCUGUUCUUCUGUAUUUGCGCUCCGUUGUACGUUCGUCGUCUGGAAGUUUUUUUUUUGCUCCAGUGAGAAGCUUUCCGCUUAAUGGACACUUUGCUCUGGUACCAUGUUGUUUUGGCGCCUUGCUUUUUUUUAUUGGACUUGGCGCAUUCUGGACUGGGUUUCUAAUUCUUCUAUGUUGUUCAAUAAACUUAGAUUUAAAAAAAGUUUUAGCUUUAUCUCAUCUUUCUAGGUACAGUGCUUUAAAAAGAAGAGCUUUUUAUUCAAAAAUCAGUUUUGGGUACCCUUUUUAUCUUAAAGUAUUCGGCCGAUUCAUGAAUACUUUCCUCUUACUCUCAACUCCCUAGUUGAACUUCCUCUAUAAAACCUGCUUUUUUUUUCGAAAUAAACCUCACCCUGGGAGAAAAGAUGUCAGACUUGAGCAACUGAUAACUCUAUGACGUUUUGUGACAACCGACGAACACAUGGCUUUCAUUCAACUCUAGAAUGCGGAAGAUUCUUUUUUUAUUAAAUUAUGUAUUUGAGAAAAAAAGGAAAGCAGAAAUUUGUUUUUUUAUGAUUUACGAUAAUCAAAUUAUUAUUUUUUUCAAUUCUCUGUUCGAUCAUCGACUUGAGAAUUCCUCGAUUUUGUUAACAGCUUCAUAAGAAAGAGUAUUCCGAAUAUUUAAAGAAACUUCUUCCUUAUGGGACAAUCCAGCUAUAAAUGAAACAUUUUUGAACUUUGUGACUUUAUUCGUCUUUAUUCGUUUAAUUUCAAAGCCGUUCUUUAUUUGGUGUUGGUCUCUUAAUUUUCAAUUUUUUUUUCGGACUACGCUGUUUUUUUAAUGAAGAAAUGCGUCGUUUUUCAGCUCCAACAGCUGUUCUGGGCGGAGCUCCGGUCGUUUUGAUUUCACAGCGAAAAGCCGAAAGAUUUGUCUUCUUCACGCCUUUCAGCCGCGGCCUGGCUUUUCCUAAUAAACCUUCAUUUUUGAUGUUAGAAAGAAAUUUAUGGCUCGUUUUCUAUGAUAAUGGGGAACUGAGAAAAAUUUGAAAUUUCUUUAGAACUUUUACUCUCUCAUCAUUGAACAUAUACUUUUCAUAGAGUUUAUUUUGAUCCUUGCAUCUUCAUUAUAAAAUAAUUCGUUGAUUUUUUUCAUUAUGGGAUAUAACUCAACAAAAGUUUUAUAUGCGUUUAAGGGAUGAAAGAGUGACUUAAUUCAGAAAACAGACAUUUUUUAUGAUUUUUAAUUGAUUCCAGCUUUUCUAGAUCUUCCGAGCAUCUUUUUUUUUUAAUGUUCUACGCAUUUCUUCGGUUUUGUUCUUCAAAACGAGUUGUAGAUCUCUUCUUUCGAGUUGAUUAAAACUUGAAAUUGGUUCCAACUUCGUCUCAUUUGUUUGCCCUGAGGGUCCUCCACUUGAACGUCACCCAAAGAGUCUGGAGUUCACGCCCGUGGCUCAUCUCCCAAAUAUUCCCCCAAUCAAGUGUCUUCUCGCUGACCAGCUCUUCAAAACGCGCAGUUUCAAGGCACGAGGCGUGAUAUUUAUCUCAUUAUCAAAGUUUAUUCGCCCGUUUUGGAGAAGAUCUUCUUAUUUUUUGUUUGAGAAUUCUCAGGAAGUUACGCAAAGCACUUUUAUGAACCAGAUGAAGAUCCUAAAAUUAUAAAGCUCUAUUUUCUUGUUCUAAAAAAAUCCCAAGCUUUUUUUCAUGUCUUUUUUGUUGACUGAGAAUAUGAGAAGCCCGUUUUAAAAAUUGAGAAGUUGUCCUAUUUGAGAAUUUCAGAAUGUGAAUCUGUGUUUUGACCCGAAAAAAUUUCAACCGGAAAAAAUGGCUUUCCUUGUCAAUAUUUCAAAAUCCUUGUAGAAUUUUGUCCAGUGAGGAGGUUGUUCAAAUUUUUAAAUAAUUUUACGCUUUUUUUCUCUUAUGAACCGUUCUUUUUUUGAGAUUUAAUUUUUUUCUUGAACUUUCUAAGCUGAGCGAAAAGGCCUAGGAGCCGUUCUAAUGAGGUCGGAACGCUCAAAGGAAAUAUUGAGAAAUUUGUCCAUGUAAUUGCAAAACGAGAUGAAUUGCCAGAUGUGCCAGUCGUAUUUCCCAUCAACCUCGGCUCAAUUUUAUGAGCUUUCGAAGAUUUCUGUAUCUCAUUGACCUCACUAAAAGUCAUCUUUUGAGCUUUCUGUUACUUUUUUUCUAAUUGGUAAGUUCUUAGUAUCUCUAUCUGUCGAUUUCUCCAGUCUGAUCGAAGGACGGGUCAUAACGAAAGACAAGAGGAUUAUUUUGGAGGAGCCGACGCCACGACCCAAAACGGGGAAUCGCCACAGUCUAUUCUCACCUUUACCCUUCCCUGAGACGGUCUUUUUAUCUGGAAGGACCUAUUUUCUGCUCUUACGAAGCACCAAGGACUAUUAUCCCAGAAUGGAAGGUAGUUUUUUCUCAUGUAAGGAUAACGGAGGGAAAUUCCACUCUCACCAAUCAAACUUGAAACUACGACCUAGGUAGCAAAUUUUGAGUUGAUUUUGAAUGAACUGUAUGAUUUCGCAGUGAUACUUUUCGUUAUAAUGAAUAGGCUGCACAGGUUUCAAUUUUUUAAUUUUUACUUUUGAUUUAAUUUAGUCAAUUAUUUUGUACGCUUUUUGAGUCGGUCCCGGAUACAUACCGUGUUCUCUUGACUUUUGUAUUUUCGGAUUCUUUGGCUUUUUUCUUACUUGGACCCGCUACCAACUGGCUUUUCAGAAAAACAUUUCAAACUUUGCUGAAAAAAAUUCUUAAUUUUUGGAUUGACUCUUUUAGCAAUUAUAUCACGAUUUCUUGGUCAAUUUUAAUAUUUUCUCUUUUAUUCUUUAUAUUUUUUUCAUUUUUUUGAAUCUAAUUUCGAAAAAAAUUUCUGUUAAUUAUUUUUCAUCAUUUAUAGUUAUUUUUUUCUGAUUCCUUCAAUAAUUCAAUAAUUUUUCUGACUAGAAUUUCUACACAGUUUUUUUCCAAAUUUUAUUUGGUCUAUAAUUAGCUCUGCCGUGGCGGCUAUGUUUCCGCUGACGGCGGUCCUGUCAAAUUCGGCCGAUUUCCUGAUAUUUUUUUCGUCCGCCCAAAUGACCGCUGAAGCUGCCGCCAAAAUUCUCAUUUUCGGCUCCGGUCAAAACACACAGAAAUUUCCCCCGUGUUUGCUGUUGUUUCUUGUUUUUUGAAGCUUUUUAUUAAGAUUUUCCAUUGAUUUGAUCAAAAUGGCAGUAUUCUAAUUCUUUUUUUUGUCUGAAAGAUCAUUUCUUCGGGGUGACAAAAUCCUAAAAAAAAAUCUGGUUUCUCCAGCCCUUUUUGUCUCUAAUUUCACGUUCCGCAUUCCUGGGAAAUAGCUCAUUUGUUUUAAUAGAAAGAUGAGAUGAAGGUCGAUUGAAAACAGAAUAAUGGAGCACGUUCUUGUAAUCUAACCGUGUGCGAAACGUCUAGGGAAUCUACAGUUUUUUUUUUCUGAGACUCGUUUUUGUCAAUCAAAUUGAAUUUCAAGAAAUUUAAACUAAUUCUGAAAGUGUUUCGAUUUUGUCGUUCUUAUUUUGUUUUUUAUUUCUGUCCGAAAAUUUUCAACCUAGAAAUUUUUACACAAAUUUUUGGGAUGCUUUUAAAAUUUAUGGCUGCUUUUUUGGGAAGGAAUAUAAGUGUUGCGUGAUUUGAAACAACGCAAAAAAUAACUAUUUUUCAAAUUCUUCUAUACUCUUUCAAAAAAUCAAGCAAGGUUUGUUGUUCAACAUAAUAAGUUGGAGGACAUUCUCUUUUGUGUUUUGAAGAAGAAAAACUUCUGCGGCUCUUGUUACUUUCUUUUUUUCAUCCUCAAUUGGAAGUUUCCAAUGAUAGAAACUGCUUUCAGAUAUGUACCCAGGACCGAAGGAGCAGCGAGGCUCUUUCGAAAAUCACCAGAGACGAAAAAAAUGCGGCUGGGUGGUUUGCAUGGUCGUCCUCAUCGUCGGCCUCAUCCUAUUGGGUAAAUUUUUGUUAUCUAUUGUUCCUGCGAAUAUUUAUCAAAAUUAUAACUUGAAAUUCUUCUUUUCUGAUUUUUGACAUGCAUACCUUAUGAAAUUGGCUUUUUUUCGAAUUUAUUCUGAAAUCAUGUAAAAAUCGAAUGAGUAUCGGCUAAAGCCUGAUGGAAAUUCUUAAAGGCUGUACAACUUCAUUUUGUAGAGCGUUUUAUGGCGCAAAUUCAAAUUUCUGCUUCCUGUUUUUCAAGCUUUUAAAAGAUUAUAUAUUGUAUCUCCUUAAAUAGUUUAAGAGAGAAUGAGGAACUCCAAAAAGUUGCUCUAUUGAAGGCGCUCUGAGAUUUGCAGGCGCUCUGAGAUUUGAAUAAGUUAAGUUGAAACUUUGAUCGUGGUCCAAAAAUAAAAGUUCAAAUGGCGAGGUUUGAAAAUAAUUCGGAAAUGCCCUGAGAUUUCCUGUAGAAUCCUGAUAGAAAUGCAAACAACUUUUUUCCUUUUUAACCGAAAAAUUUCAAAGCUCGAUUGUUCGAGACUGCCUUUUGAAAUAUAAAUAAUCUAAAUUCUUGUUUAUCAUUUAAAAUUCAAGUUGAUUCGGACUUGUUACAACAGAGCAUUGUGACUGAUGUGUUGAAUAAAAGGUUGGUAAUUCCAGGUAUGUUAGUUGUAUACGCCGGUUUCGCGUUAUAUCGACACUAUGUGACGGAUGUGAAUGAUCGUCGAGAAAAUGACGAAUAUUUGCGGAAACUCGUCCGGCAAGUCAACGAUUCGCCUGAAACCACCUGGAAGGUAGGAGCAACGACAAAGUAUAACUAAAAAAGUUGAUUUUAUUUGAGGGCUCAGAAUUUUUAAAAAAUCUUCGAAAUCCUAGAUGAUUCUCUUUGGAGUCAAUGACCUGCGCAAACUUUCAGUUUCGAAAAUAUAAUUUUCUUUAAAGAUACUUUUAAUAUUGAGCCCAGAUCUGAAAUCACUACACAUGAUUUUUGAAGUGUCAUAUCUAAAAAAGCGUUUCACAGGCGAUUUUUUGAGAUUUUCUUUCCGAUUUGCUAAACAUUUUUGGACCGACUUUAAGGAAAUUUUGAGCCGCCAUUUUUGCUAUCUUAUUGCAGUUUAGGCCAAAUUCAACAAGUUUGGCGUGCGCAACGAAGCUUACGGGUUCACUUACACGAGGAACAAAACGGCGAUCGAGGAGUACAUGGAGCACAUCAACAAGUUCUUCACGUCGGACGCGAUGAAACGGCAUUUGAAGUGAGUUUUAGGUAGGGUCCGCAAGCCAUUUCUUCAGAACGAUUCAAAAAAUAUGUUUUUCACACUGUUCGAUAGAGGAGACUGUCCAUUUUCAUAAUCCGUUUAGUUUUUGAAAAAAGGUCCACUAAGAAAAAAGUUAUGGCCAGAAAACUAGCGCGCGCGGCGUACAACUGGAGGCAAAAUCUCACGGUUUACCCGCUGCCGCACGCUUUCUUUUUAAAUGUUUUUGCGCAUUUCUGAACCGUUUUCGAAUCAGUUUUCUGUUCUGAGAGGUUGUCCGAACUGAGCUUCAUGUUUUGGUAUGAAUCUUUUGUACAAUCUUCAUAAGAAUUUUUUUGAUAAAAUAUCAAAAAAACUACUUAGAAAAAAAGGUCAGAAGGAAUUUUCAGCUCAUUUUUUUCUUUUUUUCUAAUCAGAAAAAAAUUAUUAUCAUUUGGUUUGGGAAAAAAAGAAAAAAAUGAAAAAAAUAAUGUUAUUUCGAAAUAAAAACAGGAAAAAUGUGCAAUUUGACUCCAAAAAAACGGCUCCUGCAACAUUUAAAAAUGGCGCAUCGGUGUGUUUGACGCGAACACAGCUACGAAUGCUUGCACGAAUUCUUCCAAAAAUUUCAAAAAAAGUUGUCAUUUUUUUCGAAGUUUUCAAAGCCGUUAUUUUUUUCGCGUCGUUAGAUUUUUUUCAUAAUUUUUUUAUUGAUAGAGUUUUGAACGCUUAAUAACCUGAUCAAAAAGUAUAAACGCGAUCCUAUUCUCUCAUGCGACAACGAGGCAGGCGAAAAAAAGGUGGUUUUUGGUAAAAAUUCAAAUAUAAUUUAAUUCGCUGUCCCAAUAAUUAUUUUCAUUCUGAAUUUUUUUAUUUUUUUGAACACAUUGUGAGUUUUUUUAAAUCAAAUAAAAAGUAUACCAUGUCGCUGAAAUUUUUUCGCAUUUCAGCUUCAAAGUUUGGUGUCACUUUACAAGCUUCGAUUUUUUUUUCGCGUCGUUAGAUUUUUUAAAAUUUUCCCUCGAAAAAUAAAGAAAGUGUUAAUAUAUAACAUACUCAAAAUUUAGAAGCGUUCCUCAUUUGGUUUUCUGAAACGCGACGAUUUUGUGAAACUUGUCAGUUUUUUUCGUGUUAAAUCUUACUUUUUCGCUUAUUUUUGAAAAAUACAUAGUUUUAAAAAUAUUCAGUCUUGUAGAGCGUUGUCGAUUACAUAGAUUAAGAGAAACAGUUAAUUUUUAAAGUGGGACUUUAGCUAGUAUAAACGCCUCAAAACCGUUUUUGCAACAAAAAAAUCGUCAUUUUGGUGGCGUGAAGGGGCGGGGCUUUGCGCCCCCUAGUUUUAGGUGAAAAGCCCCACCGGAGGCAGUGACAAUGAAGUCGUUCAGAGAGCUGGAAGACUUCAAGGACGAGGACAUCCCCAAGGAGUUCGACGCGCGGAUCAAAUGGCCACACUGUCCGUCGAUCUCCAACGUGCCCAACCAAGGCGGUUGCGGCAGUUGCUUCGUGAGUUCCAGAAGCUCCUGACCUGGAAGCCAUCAAGGUUCUCAGGCAGUCGCGGCGGCCGGCGUCGCAUCCGACCGCGCGUGCAUCCACUCGAACGGCACCUUCAGGGCGCUGCUCUCCGAGGAGGACAUCAUCGGGUGCUGUCCCGUCUGCGGCAACUGCUACGGCGGCGACCCGCUCAAGGCGCUCACCUUCUGGGUCAACCAAGGACUCGUCACAGGUCUCUUUUCGAGAAGCCUUUUCACAUCAAGAAGCGGAAAAUUACAAGCUUUGAAGUAUUGGUGUUCUUUUUUUUCGAAAUCGAAGAAGCAGUCUGAUUCGCUGCAUUCAUGUAGCCCAUUCACGGCUAUCUUGGGACGCUGUGGGGCGUGUCGUGUCUGCGCUCUCCACCAACCAAGCAUUAUCUCUUUCAUUAUCGUGUGAAGGACCCUUUUUUUGAUGGAUCAAGGCAGCCGUGAAACAGCUACAAAUGCAAAAAUUAUAUAAAGAAUUGAAUAGUUCAAGCCCAAAAAGUUUGAUGUGUCGGGCUUCUCUCAGAAUCCUUACCAACCACAUUGAAAAUUCAGCAAGUUUUUAAGAAACUGAAGUUUAGCGUGUUUUUGAUGGUGACAUUUUCCCGUUCAGGAGGUCGCGACGGCUGUCGGCCGUACUCUUUCGACAUCUCGUGCGGAGUUCCCUGCUCUCCGGCGACGUUCUUCGAGGCCGAGGGCAAGAGAACUUGCAUGCGUCGCUGCCAGAACAUCUACUACCAGUCCAAGUACGACGACGACAAGCACUUCGGUUCGUUUGACCAGACUGCAACGGGAGACCAAGCAGUUCAGCUACAUUCGCCUACUCCAUGUACCCCCGUUCGAUGGCCGUUUCUGCCGAUGGAAAGGAACGCGUCAAGGUUCCCACCGUCAUCGGACACUUCAACGAGACGGCCUCCACCCCUCUUAACACUACUCAGGUCCUUUUUCGGGUAUUCCGGACUAAGACUCCAAAGAGGAUAAAAAUGGAAAAUCUCAAAGUCAAGCUGAGAAAAUCUAGCCUCCACAGAAAUGACGUCGCUCUAUCGGAACAAAUGAAAAAUACCAGCUAAAAAAAAUGAGGUCACUUUUUUGUCCAAAUGCCAUGCCGCGAAAGUGGUUUCAUGUCGGGAGCCAUUCCACUCGUAAAUUUUUUUUUUUUGAUUUGUUUUCUGAGAUUUAAAAACUUACUCUUACAAACUGAAUCAUUGCGGUCCGUGGAGAAUGUUGAUAUAGUAGUAAAAGUUGAUAAAACGCCUCAUUAUCAACAAAUAGAAAGCCGAAAAGGACGUUCAUUUUACUUCUCCAAAAAUUAGUCAGACGAUUCUUCAAUAUUAGAUCAACUCUGAAAGUUUAAACCUGUCCAAACUCAUUUUUUCAUGAAAAAAGGCCCAUCCAAUAGGGUUUGGAAGAUUUUCUUCGACUUUUAAGGUUCUCCUUAGAAACUAGAACAUAUUCAGGCUUCCAGAAUCUUCAUGGGGUAUACCAAAGAGCGUUCAGACCUAUUUUAAUAAAAAUUCAAUUUCUUAAGAGUACUAAGACCAGCCCAUUUUCAUCUUGAUUAGAAAAUUUCCAUAUUUUGCAACAACAUUUCAGAUCCGCAACAUAAUCAUGAAGGAAAUCGCCUUGUUCGGUCCGACGACGAUGGCCUUCCCAGUGCCCGAAGAGUUUCUCCAUUACUCCAAUGGUAUUUUGAUUCGAUAGACCGAUAUCUCCCAAAUUGUCCAUUUUCAGGCGUUUUCCGGCCGUUUCCCGUGGACGGGUUCGACGAGCGGAUAGUCUACUGGCACGUGGUCCGACUCAUUGGCUGGGGCCAUUCAGACGAUGGAAGUCACUUUUGGCUUGCCAUCAAUAGUUUCGGCUCUCAUUGGGGUGAUAAUGGUACUCGGAUAUCUCUCAUUUGUCUUCUAAUCCAUGUCUUUCAGGUUUGUUCAAAAUCAAUACAGACACGAUGGAAAAGUACGGUUUGGAAUAUGAGACGGCGGUCGUGUAA